ACAGACGGAUCUUCCUCACAGGACUAUCAGCUGGAGACUUUAGAGAAUCAUUUUCAAACUGAAUUAUUUGGUGAUGUUUAAAGAGCAGACAGACCCUGAAGGAAUCUCUCCAAAUACUUUGGCGUCCUCUGAAGGAGAAACAGGGAAGUUACAUUCAAAUAAAAAUUCUUCAUAUGUUAAAAGAAGACCUUGAUUGUUAUCUGUGAGACCACGCUUAUCAAAGGAGCUCAGAAAGUACAUUUUUCUUGAAAUAAUGUUUUCCGUUUUUCCAUAUGAAAUCAUAAAGUAUCAUUUUGUCAUCAAUCUGCGAGGCUAAAGCUACAAAUGCUUUACUGAGUCAAAUCCUUCUCUUUUUGAUAAGUCCUGGAAAGCCACUGAUUCAGCUUCUUUGAUGUUUUCUUUAUGGUUAAAUUCAAGUUAAGAGAGCGCCUUGCAUGUUGGUCUUUUGUCAGUAUGAGACCUAAAUAUUGCACUUGUGUUUUAACAGGAAUAUUAUAUAAUGUAGCAGCAGCUCAAGCUUUGAUCUGCAGAAGUUUACAUUUAUGUUCAAGAACAGCCAGAAGCCCCUGUGAACAUUUCAAUAAUUAGUGACUUUCUAAAUACAUCGUUGUACCAAACAGCAUUAAAAAAACACACUUUGCUCUCGCUUGCUUUUUUAAAGCACUAAAUCCUCUCAUCGUUUUAAGGUUCAUACUUGUCAGCUUUGGUUUCCCUGCUUAAAUGGCGUGAGCGCUGUCGGACCGGCUACCUGUCCCGGAUGUCUGUGGAGUCAUGGAAACGCUCGACGACCACAGACCGGGACAGUCGACAGUCAGACCGACAGAAAUCCAUAGAGGGGAGAGAAGGAGAACCAGAGCGGAUGGAGGCAGCAGAUGAAAGGCCCUAUGGCGGAGCUGCUGUCCGGCUGCACCAGGAGGCCCGGCAGCAACGCUCCAGCCGUAAGAGGAAGUUCAGACAGGAGGAAAUAAGGAGGAGAGGAAGAGGAGGCCAAAAGGAGAACGAAGAACCAGCAAAUCACCUGAGGAGGAUCACAGAGUCUGGAGAGAUUUCAAACUCCAGAACCAAAGGUGCAGUCAGGUCCAAGGCCAGAACUGGACUCAGACCUCAAAUCCAGACUUGCAGACCAGAGGUGAGAGUGGCUCUGAUCAGAAAGACCAGGAGCCAUCAGCCAGUCCAAGUCCAAGGCAAUCCAGCCCUGAUCCCUAAAAACCAAACUGACCAAGGAUUCACUCAGGAACAUCUGGACCAGAACCAGCAAACCCAAAUCACCUCUGAUGAUGGGCCCAGGUCCACAUGGGGACCAGCUCUUCAGAGACCCGCAGUUCCGAUCUCAGGUCAGUCUUUAGAGACCAGAACCAGUGGGACUGACAGAGACCUGGAGAAGAGAACCGGCUGUGCGGGGAGAAGAGAUGAGAGGGAAACAAAGAAGAGGAGGAAGAUCCACCCCUCAGUCUUCAGAGGGAGAGGUCAGCUGAAGCUGUCGAUUACUCCAGAGGCCGGACAGCUCAUCCUCCACAUCCAUGAAGCCAGAGGGCUGAUGGGAAAGUCCCGCAGGUCAUGUGACUCAUACGUAAAGGUGGACGUGACCUCUGGCCAUCGUGAGAGCGUCCGAAUGAAGACUCAGAUGGUGCUAAAUGACAAGAACCCGAAAUAUGACCAGAGCAUCUCACUGUGUGUCAGGGGGAAACUCCAGAGCAGGUUGUUGGUGUCAGUGUGCAGACGGCUGGAUGACUCCAGGAGCAGUCAGCUGAUCGGCUGCAUGAGCUUCGGCAUCAGCUCUCUCGUCUUGCGUUCACAGCUCACUGACUGGUUCUACCUGCUGAAUGAAGACUUUGGGAGGAGCAAACACCUCAGGGUGACAUCAUGGAGGUGCAGACCAGCGCUGGACCUCAAAGAGGAGACGGCAGUGAGAGCAGACCUCAGAGGAACUCUGGACUCUGCUCCGGAUGCAGACAGGAACCAAAUCUCCACCGUCAGCACCUCUGCCUCCAACCGGGUCAGCGCCGCCUCAUCAGCUGGAGCCAAAGAACUGGGCCGUGGGACGUUGGCCUCCAGCCGGCCCCUGAGCCUCGACUCCGCCAACUGCAUCAGCUACAUGACCACCAACAGCCAGCAGCUCGACAGCCAGGACCUGAGGGUCAGCAUCCUCCGUGGAGAAGACGGCUUUGGAUUCACCAUCUGCUCUGAUUGUCCGGUCAGAGUUCAGGCCGUGGACCCCGGAGGUCCGGCUCAUCUCUCCGGACUCCGUCAGGGAGACUCUGUCAUGCAGCUGAAUGGACUUCCAGUAGAAACCUGGAAAUGUGUGGACCUUGCUCAUGCCAUCAGGAGCUGUCCUUCUCAGAUCCUGCUGGUGGUGUGGAGGGGGUUACCUGAGGCUGGGUCAGGAUGUGACGCUCUGCUGCGCUCUCAAACCCACAGUACGAUGACGGGCAGCAAGCUGCUGUCUCACCCGUCCCACAGCAAACAUGGACGCCGGUGGGGUCAAGGGCUGGGAGUGCGCUCCAGUUUGGGGGCUCUGGGCUCCCUGUGGCGAGACAAGGCAGAGGAGAAGAAGGAGCAAGAUGAAGAUCAGGAGGUGUACUCGCCUCCCACCGCCACGCUGAAAGGCACCCGUGUGACAUCAUCAAACGGAGACAACUACAUCAUUCUGUCACCUCUGAAUCCAGGAGCACAGCUCCUGCAGCCAGUUUACCAGGACAGGAACGGAACCAUUGGUCGUCUGUACCAGACUCACCCGAGCAGAGGUCAGAACCUCCUUCACAAUUCUCGGACCAAGUCAUCAGUGCCAUCGUUUUCCAGCCACACCUCCACCCUGCCACCCCCACCUGCCAAAACCUCCUCAUCUACCUCACCUGGUAACUAUGGCAACUACCAGAACUGUACCAUCGUCCAGUCUCAUCUGCCCCGCUCUGGAUACGGAACCUACAUCAGUCUGGCACCAAAAACUCUCAUCUUCCCAGUCUUUGUCCAGCCUCUGGACCUGUGCAGCCCAGACCGGACCUUGCUCAUGUCAGAGGAGAUGAUUUUACACCAAGCCAACGCGCUUCCUGCUAAGGUUACCGUAUUGAUCUACAGCGACCUGCUGUUGUUGACCAGAGAAGAUGAAGCUGGACGCUGUAAUGUCCUCCAGAGUCCUCUGUACCUGAACACAGUGAAGCUCAGAGAAGUGUCAUCAGAGCCGCUCCACAUCUACUUCUUGCAGAACUCGCAGAGCUGCUGGCGCUGUCUGUUCAGUUUGGAGGCGUUCAACAUCGAGCAGAAAGUUCGAGUCAGGCUCUGUCUCCAUGACAACAUACAGCUCCAGCUGGUCAGCACGGAGAGCAGUCACAGUCACCAGCUCUCGGACCUGCCCACAGACUUCAGCGUCCUUCCUCUUGGUCAUGACCUCCUCUACCGGCCCUCCUCUCCUUACUCCUCCCUCUGUGACCCCCUGAGACCUCCCUCCCCCUGCCCUUUCCCCCCCAUAUCCACUCUCACCUCCUCUACACCUCCACCUCCCAAUUUCUGCUCUGUGUCCGCGUACAUCUCCUCCUCACCCCCCUACAGAGGUGUCACCUCCCCGCCCCCCUCCUGCUCCUCCACUCUGAGGAGUCCUGUGUGGAAGGAGAGAGGUGAAGAUGAGGAGAGGCGGAGGAGGAGGCUGGAGGAGGUGGAGGAGCGGCAGCAGGGCGAAGGGGAAAGCGCCUCAGAAACCUCUGAGAGCGUGGGGGGCCUCCUGCUCAGCCCCCUCCACCUUGACAUGAAACAUCACGAUGAGGAAGGGGAGGAGAGUGAGGAGGAGGACAGAGGAGGGGCUGGGGAGUUCGCCUUCACCUGCAGACCAGAAGUUCUGCGCCGCUCACUCUCUGAGGGUUCCCUGCUGCAGGAACCUCGAUCGCCCCGCUUCCUGUCCGACAGCACCAUCCACCGCCUCACCCGCCCCACUCCCUUUGAGGCUGACCCCCCUUCCGGCUCUACCCCGUGCCUCCCCUCCCCAGAAACCCUGAGGAAGCACCUGACCAGUGAGGAGGCGUCUCUGAUCCACAUCCUGGCCUUGCUCGAUGGUCUGAAGGGCGAAGCGUCUGGAGCUGGUCAGCUGAGGAGGAACAGGACUAAGAGUUUGGCUGCCGACGUCCUAAGUCGCUUUGCUUUUCUGCGAAGAUGGAAAAACGGUGCAGGUAUCCAUGGAAACAGCUUGGAGAAGGCUUUAAGAAACAACAGGCCGUCUUCAGCGGAGGUGCGGAGGUGGGCGGACAGCCUGGAGGCCCUGCUGACCAAUCAGUAUGGCCUGGCGGUAUUUCGUCACUUCCUGAGGUCAGAGUUCAGUGAGGAGAACUUGGACUUCUGGUUGGCCGUAGAGAGAUUCAAGAGUACACGCCCCUUCAGUAAAAUGGCUGCCCGAGCCGUGAAAAUCCAGGAGGAGUUUAUCUCUGCGAAUGCAGCGCGACAGGUCAAUGUGGAUGCGUCUGUCCGGGAAAUGACCAAUCAGAGCCUGCGGCUGGGUGUCAACCCCUCCUCCUUCCAGCUGGCCCAGGAUCAGAUCUUCAGUCUGAUGGAGACUGACAGCUACCCUCGCUUCCUCAAGUCCCGCCUUUACGCCCAGCUGGCCGACCACAACACAAAGAUGGCUGGAAAACCAGAGAGUCAGAGCAGAUGCGUCAGCCUGGCGUGAUCCGAAUCGGACUGACCAGAGGAAUAGGCGUCUGCUGAGGACACGAACAUCUACCCAGAUGCAUGAUGGAUCCACUUUUUAUCACAGAAACGGAGGUUUUUGCUCAGAUCCUCCAUGUCUUUCUAACGUUUUUACUUAUGUAUUUACACACUACAUUAGGUUCCUUAGAGUAAUUAACUCAAUGCCAAUCAUGUCCCACUAAGUUGGUUGUUUAAUGUGUAUUUGAGCUGUAAUCUUUUAAAGUGUGUCUGCUUUGGUGAAUUUAACCCGAUAAAGGUUCAGGUUCUGGUCUCUUCAGGCGUGCAGGAACCCGAGCAUGUUACGGAUCUGAUGAGACCGUCUGUUGGAUGUCACAGAUCGAGGGAUUCUAAAUGAGGACAUGUGCUGUUAAUGAGUUCAUCUCACAGGUUUCCCAUCAUGCUCGGCUGCACGGACCACUGGGACUGCAUGGUCAGCUGAAUGCGGUAAACAACCUCAAACAUGAGGCUCUCUUCUUUAGCUGGGAUCCAUCAGGAAUGAGGAGCAGACCUGAAAAUGUGAUGUCUGAGAGAUGCUAACAGUUAACUGGAGCUAAUGUUGUCAUGUUAGACUGUGGUCUGGAUGUUAGCACGAUAGAAGCUUAGAUUACCUAAACUUCCUGUCCAGGUCAGACUGUUUUGAAAUAAAAGAAUAAAAAUGGGACGGACAUGCUGUUCUUGUCUGUGGUUUAACAGCUGACGAGACUUUUUGUUCUCAGUCAAAUGCCAGUUUUCAGACUCAUGACGUGCUAAUAAACUUGUUGUUUAACUCUGUGUUAGAUAAACCUAAGCUGACUGCUCUAC